AUGCAACAUACACCAGCUGUGUUUCUGCUUCUCUUGCACAUCCUUUGUGCUUAUCAAGGAAAAGGAGGUACCACAUCUCAUAAAUGGGAGGUCAAAUUCACCAGUCACCAUUUCUGUGCUGUGACUGGAUCAUCAGUGGUCAUGCCCUGCUCAUUCACCCAUCCUAUUGUUCUCAUGGUCACCAAGGUCUACUGGCGCUACCGACGUGACCAUAAUAAAAAAUUCACAGACAUCACAGCGGAUAAGAAUCCUAAAUACAAAGGACGUAUACAAUACUUUUGGAACAAGAACAAGAACAAGACGAACUGCACAUUCAAAUUGAGCAAGUUGAUGAUGUCAGACAAUGGAGAGUAUUUUACACGGAUUGAAACAGAAGAUUCUGAAAAUAAGUGGCUGAGUAGAUCUAAGGUCACUUUGUCUGUUAAAGAACUUUCUGUUGGGAUUCCUGAACCAGUGAUGGAGGACAACGACGUGACACUGAGUUGCAACAACAUAUGCUCUUCAAAAGACAUCCCCUCAGUAAUAUGGAAAAAGAACGGACAGGAUUUACAUGUCAAACAGAAACACCAGAAUGAACUCAUCUUUCAGAGUGUCAGUACUGGGGAUGAGGGCAACUACUCUUGUGCACUGAAACACAAUGAAGACCAUCCAUCCAAACCAGUGGAGCUUAAUGUCAUGUUCCCUCCAAGGGUCCCGUCUGUCUCUGUCAGUCCUGCUAGUGAGACACUAGAGGGCGCUUCAGUGACUCUGACCUGCAGCAGUGAUGCCAACCCACCAGUGGAGAACUACACCUGGUACAGAAGGACCGCAGCUGAAACAGUGCGUGUGGGUACAGGAGAGAGAAUCAACUUCAAUCUGACCCCAGACAGAGCUGGACUAUAUCACUGUGAGGCCCACAACAGUGUAGGAUCCCUGAAUUCUACUGGAGUUGAAGUUAUUUGGUCUGGAGGAAGAAAGCAACGCCAAGUAGCAACCCCAGCAGCUCUGAUAAUAACACACAACAUGUCCCACAGUGUGUCCCUGAUAAUGUGUAUGAAGACAUCUCAGGCCUCCCUCUGACCUCUGCUCCAGCCCAGAGAGUGGACUCAGGUGUCCAGGAUGAUGUCCAGUACGCCAGCGUUCAGAUCAAGAGCUCCAGAG